AUGGAAUCAAAAUUUACUUCAAGCUUUGAGCAUUUUCAUUCGCCACAAUCAACAAAAUCAAUUGCAGAAGGAAAGACACCGCUUGAAAUAAAAAAUAAGCUCAGGCGUUUAUAUUUACUCUCCAUUUUAAAAAUGGAACAAAAAAUCUUAUUCCAAUUUAAAGGUGCAUUAGUUUUGUUUUAAAAAAAUUUCAAUUUAUAAAAUUUUAAAAAUUAUAUAUAUAUAAAAUUGAACGUAAUAUCUUAAAAUUUUUAUAGAAAUAAAUAAAAAAAACUUAAAUAAUAUUCUAAACAUUAAAUUAGGACAAAAAUUGUUAUAUAAAAAAUAGUAUUUUGAACGACAAAUUUUAACAUUUAAUUUUUUAUUCAAUUUUAAGGUGGUUAUAGUAACCAAAAAAUGGAAAUUUUUCCUGAUAUUUUGUUCCAAUUUAAAGGGAUGAGUUACAUUACUCAUGCUUAGGGUCCAGAAACAACACAAAUUUAUUAACGCUUCCUAAACUUUCAAAAUUUUUACGAGAUAUACAGAUCCUUCCAAAUUUAUUAAGCAGAGAAGAAUGCGAUAUAAUUAUUAGUUCAGAAGCAAAGCGUGAUAAAUGCAUAUAGCCCGAGCACCUUUAUGGCUUAGGGCUUCAUAAUCUUUCCCGAUGGGAGAGAGGGAGUUGGUUUCACCAACUAAUGUUUGUUUGACGAACAUUCCAAAUGGUAGAAACCCUGUAGCAAGUGAUUUUUUUCUCUUGCAGAGUUGUUAAGAUCAACAUUGUUUGGUGAAACCAAUUCACCUCUUUUUCAUAUGGAAAAAAAUGGAAAGCCCCAGCCAUAAAGGUGCCCGGGCUAUAUCGUUUGAUAAUUUUUGCGAAAUUAUGGUUAAGAUAUCUGCAUCACUUAUGGAAAAAGGCAAUCACUCAUACCAAGGCUUAGUAUCUAUGAUAGACGCACAUAUUUUUCCUUUGUAUGAUGCUUUAAAAGAGCAAGGACAAGUCGAUACAUUCAAUCAGUCUGAUUUUGACUUUGAUACUGACUCAGCAAGAGUUUUGCAAGACUCAAUAUUUGUUUUACAAGAAAUAUAUAAAGCAUAUUUCCCCUGGGAAGAUGUUGCACCAGAAGAUAAAAGCAUACUAACUCCCCCCCCCCCCCCUCCGUGAGCGAACAAAACCAUUAGAAAAAUCGCCAUUUUUUGACCAAAAAACCCACCCUCCGUGAGUGAACAAAAAUUUUUUUAAUAGAAAAAAUUUUUAAUGGAAAAAAAUUUUGAUAUAUAAGUGAUAAUUAGUAUAAUGAAAUCUAGAGCUAAUUCUGUUUAAUUUUAAAACAAAUUGCGUUUUAAAACAUAAAUUUUGCAAAUUAAAUUAAUAUUUGCUUCCCAAUUUUUGCAAAUUAGGAUUUUUUUUUAAAUUUCGAAAAAAAAAAAUUUUUUAUAAAAUUUUAUAUAUAAAUUUUUUUUAAAAAAAAAAAUUAACCCCCCUCCGUGAGCGAACAAAAUUUUUUUGUUCGCUCACGGAGGGGGGGGGGGGAGUAAGUAAAAAGUCAUGAGCAUCACUAUUUACCCUAGUAACGGAGUUUAUGAUUACUCCAUAUAUUUUACCAAGGGCACUUUUAUUGAAAAUAUGGCAAGAUUUAGUAGAGUCAAAUGAAGACAUUCCUGAGCUCAAAUAUUUUAAUAUCAACGAUAAAGGGAGAGCUUUUACUUUAAAAAAAUUUCUAUUGUUUCUGCUAAGAACAGCCAUUUAUGGCAAAUUUCACCAAGAGUUUUCUACAGUCAGAGAAAGAACAGAAUUCAUUCUUUCAAGAAUGGAAAGAUCGAAUGGGUUUUCUAACUGGCACUCUAAAAUAAGCAAGCCCUAUUCAAACAAGCUUUCUUUAUCAUCCACUCAGAAAUUUUCAUUAGCUUCUACAUCUGUUUCCAGAGAUCUGAUAAAGUCUGAACGAUUUGUUUUAGAUAGAAGAGGAAAGUUUAGUGGACUUUUGGAAUCGAAAUGGAGUGAAAUCGAAGACGUUUUUCGAGAUUAUUGCUCAUAUGGAACAAUUUCUAGUCAAAAAUUGCUGUCGCCAUUUCAGUAUGUCAAGGUUUUUGAAGAUGCUGGACUAUUGCAUAGUGAAUCAGAAUAUUGCUUGAAAAGGCAAGAGCUUGAAAUUAUUUAUUUUUCUUUGGUGCAGAGGCCACAUUUCAUUGAUGAUGGAGUGCUUUCUCCAAAGUUUGUUUUUCAAGCUGCAGGAGAGUCAGGAAAAAUGACUUUUAAUCAAUUUAUUAAAUCAUUGGAAAUAAUAUCAAAGAAAUUGAUAAAGGAUCCUAAUGAUGAAGAUGAAUUAGAAAUUUUUAUUCACUCAUUGUUAAAAACCCCUAGGAAAUCACAAAGCACUCUAAGGUCAACUUCAAUAAAAGAUUUAAUUCAUGACCUAUCAACAGAAAAAACACUUGAUAUAUGGCAUAACACACUCGAGGUUUAUGCUAAAGUUUAUCUGAAUCACCAAAAUAAAAUAUCUUCGCAAAGCUUUAUACAAUUUGCCACUGAUUUUUCUAUAUAUCCAGAUUUAGUGACAAAAGGAAAACUUAAUCAAGUUUAUUUAAAUUUAUAUGAAAAUGAUUACAAAGAAGUAGCAGGACAGCAAUUAAGUGAGAGAACGGAAGGGAUCAGCAUAAACCAAAUGAUUGACGGAAUUGCAUAUUGCUGCUUGGAAAGUAAGAUACCGAUAGACAGUCCUAAUGAAAAAUUGUGUGUUGCAUUAGGAAGGAUGCUGCAAAGUAAAGGCCCUUCAAUUGUUGCACAAAAAACUGGGCACACAAGAAGGACAGAAAUGGUAAGAUCAAGCAAAUUGAUAAAGCUGCUUGGCAUGCCAUUUUUGAAACCUCAACCGAAGCUUACUUUUGAUCAAAUUCUAGGAAAUGAGCUAAGUAACAAUUAA